AAUGCCUAUUAACUAUCAGGAAACUCAACAGCCUUUCGAGGAGAUUUAUACCAAAGAACACUUGGAGGACGUUAUGCUAAUUUUAGAUGGAAAAGGAGCCAGGAGUCCGACAUUUCUACUUUUCAAAACUGAAUAUUGCGAAGAUGUUGUAGAAGAGCAUAUGAUAAGCUCCUACUAUCUUCCGCCCCCUCAAUACGUUUCCUUUUUUAUUCACGAUCAUAUUAAAUGCAAUGAGUUUAUUUGGUAUAAACUAUUUAAAAGCUUACCAGAGACUUUUGGUAUUUUCGAUUAUCCAUCAGUCGCUUUCAUUAAGAAAGGAGAAAAUUGGAGCGACGCUAAAAUAUGGAAUAUCGGCAACGAAGAAGAAUUUAUCCCUUGGGCCUGGUCCCAAUUAAAAAUGAAUAUUUUAGUAGAAAACGAAACAAAAAGAAAAUUCGAUGUCUCGUUUUUAUUAGAUUCAAAAUCUGAUAAAUUAAGAAAAAACUAUUAUCCAAUUCCUUUUUCACUUGAACCACAUGAAAAGAAGAAUGUUUCAAUGUACUAUUUUGAUAGAUUAAUUGUCAAUAGUUUUGGUAACUUUUAUAGCGCUUAUAAUAUUGAGAAUGAUAAUAAAAUCACAUUACAACAAGAAGAGGUGCACGAUUUACGCUUUUGGCUACAAGUACAAGAUUUACAUGAUGUAUCUAAUGGGAGAAUACGCCAAAUAGAAAACUGGGCAAAUGCUAAAAGAAGUCUAUUAAACUUAAAACAACCAAGAGUUGUUCAGAAUUAUACAAAAGAUGGUUUCUAUAAAUUGAAAAUUCCAGAAGAAAUAUUUAACAAAAUACUUACUUUUUAUAAUGAUAAUAUUGAAUAUAGAUUUACCGAAAAGGAUCCAAAAGAUAGCUUAAUUAAUCAGCAAAACUAUAAAACAACUCUUGUUUGGCUUGGUGAUGAGAUCAGGUAUGAAGUUGCUAGCUAUUUGCUUCCAAUGCUAUCAGAAUGGUGCAAUUGUGAACUAGAUAUGACAGCCCUUUACGGUAUAAGGGAGUAUUAUAAGGGAGCUGUGCUUAGAUAUCAUGUUGAUAGAAUUGAAACUCAUGUCAUUUCAACAAUUUUACAGAUUCACAAAGAUUUAGAUGGCCAAGAAGAUUGGCCUUUAACUGUUAUCGACUACGAAGGUAAUCAAAAAAAUGUAAGCCUUAGUCCUGGCGAAAUGCUCUUCUACGAAUCGACGAGACUGAUACACGCAAGACCUUAUCCUUUUCAAGGAAAGAUAUUUGCAAAUGCCUUUCUUCACUAUAAACCAAAAACUGACUGGACAUAUUAUAUUCAAGAGGACUACUCUCCAGAAGCUUUUAUCAACACGGAGCAAUGGAGUGUACCUUUGUAUCCUCUAGAUCACGAAAGCCUACCUCCAACAACUAACCGAAAACAUCUUCUAAAAUCUUUAGAGACACCUUAUUCGAAUUUAGAUAAAAAUAUGAAAACUGUAAAAGAUGAAUUUUAA